AACUCAGCUCAAUACAGCAUCACAAGGACUAUCUGCACUAACUGUGCUGGCUUGUAGAUCACUCCACGGAAACACAUUGGAUUACUUACUGCAAAGACUCCGGACGAGUUCGAUUCGGAAUUUACUUUUUGGGGCGAUUCCUGUGGAUUAUAAACUUCAAACCUCUGAAUUCAAUAUGACACUGGAAGAACUCGUUGGAUGCAACAUAACCGAUAAGAAAAUGGAGACCGUGAGUCAAGCAUUAGAAGAGCUGCUGGUAGCAGCCCAGAGGCAAGACUGCCUCACUGUAGGAGUCUACGAGUCUGCGAAACUAAUGAAUGUUGAUCCAGACUGCGUGGUGUUGUGUGUGCUAGCUACGGAUGAGGAAGAUGAGGAUGACAUCGCGUUGCAGAUCCACUUCACGCUCAUCCAGGCAUUCUGCUGUGACAACGACAUCAACAUCCUGCGUGUGUCCGGCAUCAGUCGCCUAGCUCAGGUCCUGUGCGAGCCAAGCACCGCUGACAACAACGCCAACGAGCCGAAAGACCUGCACUGCAUCCUUGUCACGAACCCUCAAUGCCAGCCUCUCAAAUGCCAAGCUCUUCAGGAGGUGGGCAGCUACUGCAAAGAGAGUCGCUGCAAGAAUCAGUGGGUGCCCUAUCUUUCCCUGCAAGAACGCUGAACACAUUUUACCGCUAUUGGUUGGCCAAGAUGGAAAAAUGGAACGAGAACCGUCAUUCUUGAAGAAUGAGAUGGGUGCUCGCGGUGGGCUGUGUGUCCGCUGAGGACGGGGCUGUUCUGACUGCUGAUUCGUCACGCGAGGGGGCUGCGAAUGUGAGAGGAACGUUCCAGGGCUGAGUGCGUUGCGCAUGUGCCCCGUUUUUCUUCCUCCACGAAAAGGAAAGUAACCUCGGUGGAGAGGUGGAACGAGUCGUGACGAGGGUUGCCGCUGCUGCUUGCCCAAGCUGUGUCAAAGCACGCGGAUGAUGGCAGCGGCGUGGGCGCGGGCGCGGGCCUCUGCUUUUCAGUGCGUGUCAAAAACUGUAUGCAUCGGUGUUGACUUGAGACCCCAUAACUGGUCGUGUGUAACCCUUCGCCUUCAACUUGUGGACAGUAGUCUUCAGUGGAGCGCGCUGUGAAUAUUGUACUGUUGGACUCUUGAGUUUGAAAGCUGUGUGACAAGGAUCAGCACACGUGGAAUGCAACUGCUGACGCAAGACUGAGAUGGAAACUAGAAACUGCAACAUGAAAUCCUCUUUGGUAUUGAUGAAAGGAAACUGCACAUAGCUGAAUGAAUUAUCUGUUAACUUAUUGCUCAUAACUUAAGAAGAGUAAUAUAUGUAUUUGACUCAAACUGUUUGAAAAUAAAUUAUUGAAUGAAACCUCA